UACAAAAUUUCUCAUUUAAUCAUUUCUACGAAGAAAAAGGGAAACCAGAGAAGGUUCUCUGCGAUGGCGUUCUCUGCAAUUACUACGCACUGCCCCUCUCUUCUUCGUCUGCCGACGAACCUCCCUGUAACCUCUUCACCUCCUAAUUCAAUUUCGUUUCGAUUUUCAAAGAAUAAUCUCAGCCGUAGAAAACCCCUUUUAAUUCGAUCAACUUCAACUUCGGCUGCACCGAAAACUGAGGGGCUUGCACCUGCAAUUUCACUUACGGAUAAUGCAUUGAAGCACUUCAAUAAGAUGAGAUCUGAACGUGGUGAAGACUUAUGCUUGAGAAUUGGUGUCAAACAGGGUGGGUGCUCUGGCAUGUCUUAUACAAUGGACUUUGAGAGUAGGGCCAACGCAAGGCCAGAUGAUUCCGUCAUUGAAUAUAAUGGUUUUGUUAUGGUUUGUGAUCCGAAGAGCCUCCUCUUCUUGUAUGGCAUGCAAUUGGACUACAGUGACGCUCUUAUCGGUGGAGGCUUUUCUUUCAAGAACCCGAAUGCCACACAAACAUGUGGUUGCGGUAAAUCUUUUGCCGCGGAGAUGUAGGAUUGUGUAUAUGGAACAUGUAAAUACAAUGAAUAUGAUACAAUUAAGAAAACUUUGCAUUAUGUUAGUCAUCCAUUUCAUGUUUCAGAUGUGUUCUUAAAGGACCAGUAUUAACAUAUAUUGCAUUGCUGCAUAUCUGCCACCAGAAUUUCUAAUUUUACUUCGUCCCAAUAACCCUGUUCCA